AUGUUCUGGCUACCACUACUCACCCUGCCCGCUGCCGUCCAGGGGCAGGGCUUCAGCACGACCAUGCUGCGCUUUGGCUGCUCGCAGAUUGCGAUUGAUCGCGUCGAUCCCCUCGUCGAACCAGGCAACGUCCCCUCGGCCCACGUUCACCAGAUCGUUGGCGGUAACGCCUUCAACGCCAGCAUGCCCGUCACAGACAUCUCCAAACUCGCCACCUGCACCUCAUGCACCUUUGACCAAGACCUCUCCAACUACUGGACCGCCAACGUUUACUUCCGCGCACGGAACGGUUCCUAUAAGCGUGUUCCACAAAUGGUCAAUGAGGCCAUCGGCCCCGCAAACGGCGGUAUCACGGUGUAUUACACUGCGCCGGGGCCGAAUACAGUUACUGCGUUUAAGCCUGGCUUCCGCAUGUUCACGGGCGACGUCAACCGGCGCACGCCGACGAACCUGGGCCGGAGGGUGCAGAGCUGCUUCCGGUGCUAUACGGGGCCGAACUUUGGCGGGAACAUCUAUGCACCAUGCAUGGAUCCGCAAAGGGAUACGGAACAUUUCCCGACGCAGCCUUGUCCGGGUGGCAUUCGGUCAAGUGUCAUCUUUCCGAUUUGCUGGGACGGAAAGAACCUCGAUACACCGAACCACAUGGACCAUGUCGCCCAUCCGAUUGAUGGUCCCGCGCCAUUUGCAGUAGUCGAUGGGAAGUGCCCCGACAGUCACCCGGUUAAGAUUCCGCAGGUUCACUAUGAGAUCGUCUGGGACACCACAGCCUUCAAUCGUAAGGAAGACUGGCCAGUGGAUGGCUCGCAGCCAUUUGUUCUCAGCACUGGUGAUCCCACUGGAUACGGCCAACACGGCGACUACGUCUUUGGCUGGAAAGACAACUCGCUCCAGCACGCUAUGGACAAUCGCUGCUUUGGUCCAACCUGUCGUGGGCUGACGACACAAGGCUUCGAUAAGGCGAAUGCCUGCACUGUGAAGAGGCUUGUGAAUGAGGAUAACGAUGGGUGGCUUGACCAUCUGCCUGGGCAGGAACACCUGGCUCAUCCGAUGUAA